AGGAGCCGUUACAGAGACACAACCGUCGCCAAGUGCGCCAUUGCAAUGUUGUUGAACUCAGCUGGUUGUCAAAGAGACUGGCAACGCCACGUAUCAUAUAUAUCAAACCUAUAUAAUUAGGCCUGUAGUGUUUCGCGUCUCAGCGGCAUUUUAAAGGGUUAUGAGGUAACAUGAUAAGAUAGCAGUAUGGCAGACAAUGAGGAUGAUGGCGAAUGGAGUCCAUGGGAAAAGGAGGAGGCAGUAGUCGAGGAAGAAGAGGAAGAGGAACCCAGGGCACCAGGGAACGAGGAGCACCAGCCCCUUAUAUCGUCCGGCGGUUAUUUGUCAGGGGUUAGCCAAGAGAAUCUAAUGAUGGACGACAGUGAAACCAUAAGACUGGUAGGGCCUAAGCCUUCCCUACUUCCUCAGUACCUCACAGCUGCAAUUGUAACCAUAGGAGCUUUCAGCAUGGGCUGUGUCAUUGGAUAUGCAUCUCCUGCUGGACCUUUGUUGAUGGCCAACUCGACAGACGGCGGACCAACUCUCACUGAUGAAGAGAAUAAUUGGUUUGGAUCAUCAAUGGCACUCGGGGCAAUAUUCGGGGGCCCGGUGUGCGGCAUUGGCCUCACCACCAUCGGCAGAAAAGGGACCAUGAUGGCAUCCAGUGUGCCUUUUGUGUCUGGAUGGCUCCUCAUUGCCUUUGCUAAAAACUUUGCCAUGUUGAUGGUUGGACGUAUCGUCACGGGGUUCUGUAGUGGAGUUUCUUCUAUGGUCAUCACAACAUACAUCGGUGAAUAUGCCUCUGCCAGCAUAAGAGGGAUUCUGGGGUCAAGUUUUCAACUGAUGGUUACUCUUGGGGUACUCUACGCUAUGGGGAUUGGCGCUUUUGUUAGCUCGUGGGAACUCUUAGCUGGGCUGUGUGCUAUUCCUCCAGCCCUCUACUUCAUUUUGCUGUUCUUCGUGAAAGAAUCUCCUGUAUAUCUUUUAACAAAAGGCAAAGAAGAUAAGGCAGCAGCAUCAUUACAAUACUUUAGAGGUUCAAACUACAACAUCCAAACGGAGCUGGACAUGAUACGAGAAUCCAUAGAAGAAGCAAAGCGUAAUAAGGCAUCUUUUCGAGAUCUGCUUAAACCGUAUAACUUGAAACCUUUGCUUAUAUCUAUCGCUCUCAUGUUCUUCCAACAGUUCUCAGGCAUUAAUCCUGUGCUUUUCAAUUUGUCUAUAAUAUUCCAGGAUGCUGGAUCAACCUUGCAAGCUGCGUACUGUUCCAUCAUAAUCAGCGUUGUGCAAGUAGCAGCCACUUUAUUUGCCGUUGUUGUUAUGGACAAAGCUGGCCGCAAACUGCUGCUUAUUGCAUCGUCAUCUGUCAUGGCUAUUUCAUUAGUCGUAUUGGGCAUCUUCUUUUAUGAGAAGAUGGUGGAUGAGACCUGGGCUGUUGCAACUUUAGGAUGGUUACCACUUGUGGCCCUUAUAACUUACAUUCUUUCCUUUUCGUAUGGUUAUGGACCCAUCCCAUGGCUUAUGAUGAGUGAGCUUUUUGCUUCUAACGUGAGAGAGGUGGCAGCCAGCGUAGCGACACUGUGUAACUGGAGCUUAUCAUUUAUAGUAACAAUAAUGUUUUUGCCACUAAAGAAUGAAAUAGGAGACCACGGGAUUUACUGGCUCUUCUCUGGUAUUUGUGUUCUCAAUCUGAUCUUCUGUGUCAGUAUUGUCCCAGAAACAAAAGGUAAAACACUGGAAGAGAUAAGUGCAUAUUUUGGUGGCCAUACAACAAGCAGUUCCAGUUCAAGAAGAAGAAAUGAACUCUAAGAUGAUGGUUGUGUUUAGGUAACAGUAUACUACUUCUAAAUUUACUUUACCUAUAGUGGUCCAUUCUUCUUUGAUAGAAUGCAUGUGAUAUUUUACUGAAUUUUCUUUUGUGUGAUCUGACAAUUGUUGUAUCUCAAUUCAUAGAAUGUUGUCUUUGAUGCUUAUAUUUUGCCUAAUAUAAAGUUUUUUAUCUUUAUAUGUGAUACUACAGUACAGCAUUAUUUUUGAUGGAAUCAGAUCUUAGAGUACUGUAGAUGGUUGUAGUACUGUAGUCGGUUUUACCAUGGUUAGAGCUUUAGUAAAUUUAAACUUACAAAAUGCACUUCAUAAUAAGGUUGUAUUUCAUUCAGAAAGUAUUUCACCCCAGAUAUUUUUGUCAAAUUUUCAUUAAGUGAGGAAGGAGAGGUUCAAAUUACUUUAGCAUCACAGUACCAAUUUAUAUAAAUCAUAUCCAUUUAAACAUUCAUCUUCAAUAACUAUCCAUCCACCAGGUCCAUUUAAACAUUCAUCUUCAAUAACUAUCCAUCAACCCGAUUCCUGGUGGAUUGUCAAUUGGUUGGGGGGUUAGAUAGCAGCUACAUGGAGCCAACUUAUAACUUGGCUGUAAGUAGUAGUGGCUCUAAACUAAUACAUGUAUGGUCACUACAAGAACAUGUCUCCUCACAAGUUGAAUUUCAUGAGUCAGUUGAGCAAGGUGAAGGUUUGUCAAGCCCUCUUCCUUGUGUCAGAAUCUUAUAACAAUAUCUGUUUAUUUAGUUAUUACACAUUAUCUAUCAAAAUUAGUUUUGUAUAUUUAAUGCUUACUAAAUUGGCAUAAUUUUUUGUUGUUGAAGGUAAAGUUACCCAUCUCUGAAUUACUCAUUUUAUUCAACUUCAGAAUGAAAGUGAAAAACCUGUUUAUAUAACACUAAUAUUAAUCAUGCUUACUGGUCUGGUACAAUCACAUAAAGUAGAAAAUACUUUUUUUUUUUUUAAAGUGACCUUUUAUCCUGCUCUGUCCCAUCAUUAUAGGUUUUUUGCAUCUCUUCAGGUUUAAAAUAGAAGUACAUUGUAAGACUGUACGCUGUUGUCACUUUUUAUUAGUGUUUUAACAAAUUAGAGACUGGGAUAUGCUUUACACCACUGGUUUAGAUGGGUGUUUUGUUUUUUAAUAAGCAAUUUGUAUGUAAUUGAAGUAUUAUUUUGUACACACCAGAUAUAGUGAUAUCUUUAAUUUCUUAGAAUUACAGAGUCCUUUGCACAAGUUUGUUAAUGCUUCAUAUUGUAUACAAAAUUUGAAUUGUCAGUAUGACUGGUAUUUUCUGACAUACAUAAAGCAGGUUUUUUGCAAAAGAAAAUUUCAGCUACUGGUUUAUGCAAAAUUACAACAUGCUUAGAUUAGUAUGCAUAUUGACAGGAAGUUUCAUCCAUUUACUCCCAUAAAAGUCUGCAAUUAACUUUCUAAUUCAUGCAGUGUAAUUUCAAAAAUGUUUUUCAUGGUUGAAGGCCAGGCAUGCUUCCUGAUUGUAGCAUCAUCCGUUAUUGAAUCUUUACCUUGCUGAUUUCUUGGUAUGGAAGGUAGUUUAUGCAUUGUGAUAGUGUUCUCUCCCGUUUUAUCCAUCAUUCCAUAAAAUGGUUUCAUUACAUAUUAUGCUUGUGCAUUCCAUUUGCAUUCUGAUUUCUUAAAAUAUAGGAAAUUUCUCUGUGAAUAUUCUUUGCACUUCUCUUUAGAUGUGAAGCAAAUAUAUUCAGUUGAUUUUUAGGUUGUAGAAAGGUUUAUUCAGGGUUGGAUUUUAUUCUUAUUAGAAACAUUGUGAUGAAAUACGAACUCUGAUUAGGCCCGAGUUGUCGAUUUUUGGUAGUCACAACACGGAAGAGUAAAUACAAAGUAGCCCUCUUACAUCACAACCUAAAGAUGAUUCAAGCACUGAACCAUUUAUACAAUGAGCAUCUCAGUGGCGUGGUUGGUAUGGUGUUGGUCUACCACCUCAGUGGAUGUUAGUUCAAUUCUCGGGCAUUCCAUUGAGGGGUGAGAGAUUCGUAUUUCUGGUGACAGAAGUUCGCUCUCGACAUGGUUCAUAAGUCAUAUAAAGCCGUUGGUCCAGUUGCUGAAUAACCACUGGUUCCAUGCAACGUAACAACACCAUACAAACAAACAAACAUAUAUACAAUGAAAACUGUGCAGAUUGUAUUAUGAAGGCAUGGUGCUGUUAGUAUGUGACUUAAAUUAAUGAUGGACCACAAUAAAUAGAAUAGUUUAAUUAAGUGAAUAUGAGCAGGCUAAAUUUCCAACACUCAAAAUAUAAAAAUCCAAUUUCAUGAAUUAUUUAUUAAUAAAUUUAACACUUAAUUAAUGCUAAUGUAAAGACAACCCCCAAAAUUUUUAAUGUGUACCUGGUAAGACAUGAGGCGUAAUGCCUGCAUGCACUAUUGUGGAUUAUUUUAUGUAAACAGCUUGCAGGACCCUCUUCAUAAAUUGUCAUUAGAUACAUCUCGAAAUAGAUCAGGCAUUAUAAGAAAAGUUAAUGUAAAAUAAGUGAUUAGAUCAAUAAAUUUAGAAUAUUUCAGCAAAUCUCCUCCUUCCAACAGUCUUGACCUUCAAGAAGUAUUGAAUGUAUUUAUUUUGUUUCACAACAUUCCACGGUAAAUUAUCAAUUUAAUAUAUAUUUUCUGCUUAAUAUUGAUAUGGACAAUCUAAGCUUAAGCCAGAAUCAGUCACCGUAAGUUGAUUUCUUCUGUAAAUCAGUUUUUCACCCAUCAGUGCUUUAACAGCACUUACAAUGCCAUAACUUCAUGUUGCAUCAAGUUACAGUGCCAUAAGUGCCGUUAACUUGAUACCUAUUCUUGCCGCUAACACCAUAACUUGAUGCAGCAUCAAGUUACGGUACUGUAAGAUGCUGGUAACGGCACUGAAAAGGCACCGUAAGUCGAGAAAACACGUAUAUCAUUUGUAUUCAAGUGGUUCUGUACUAUUUUGAUUUUACGUGAUUUUUGUAUUUUUAGAAUUUAAAAAACUGCCGUAAGGUAAAAAAUACCAGAAAAGAAAAUACUGUAAGAGGAGGUAUUGCUGUACAAUAUAAUGUUUGGUUGAUUUUAGCUAUCUUCCUUGGUUCUGUGUUUUGACUUUAAGGUUUGAUGUACAGUAAUCAAGUUUCCUUGGUUGGUUUUCAUAUUUACUCUUUUUUUUUUUCAAAGAAAUAAAAUUCAUAGAUUCAAUCAUGUUGAAUAACAGUAGGUGAUUUCAUCAAAUGUUUGACACUGCUUCUUGUUCAGUUUUUGACUGAGUAUAUUGUGUGUUAUGCUUUCAAUAGAUAAAAGUGUUUGUCAUAUAUUAAACAAUAAUGCCAUUUUCAUAAGCCAUAGCAAUUUCCUGUUCAUGAGGAACAGCAGGGAAAUAGUUAUAGUGCCUCUUUAUAUUGAAUUGCAGUUUCAUGUAGCACUUUUUUUCUCUUUUUGCAUGUAUUAUGAAAGCUAAGUGCAUCAUUAAAAUAAUUAUUCUUUGUUA